AUGUCUAUGAAUAAAUCGAAUAAAAUGGCUUGUAUACCAGCGAAUAUUUACUGUGAAUAUACACAUGAUCGAUAUCAAGAUGAAGGACUACGUCUAUUAGAAAAAUAUUUACCAUAUUUAAAUCCAGAGACUGGUUUAAGAAAUCGAAUGAUUACUCGUGAUCCCGUAACUGGUUUGGGUGAUCUAGAAGCUGAAUGGAAUCCUCUUAACGGAUGUCAUUUACGUAGAAGACACUUUCCUCAUCGUGAUCCAAUUCGAAUGGAAGGUGAUAUGGGUACUGAAUACAAUUGUUUGUAUACUACUAAAGAGCUCACAUGUAAAGAUCGUGUUAAUACUACAGAUACAAACUAUUCAAAUGGGUACUUUUAUGUGGAUCAUUUGAAUAACAAAAAUGAAAAUAAACACAGUGAUGUUAAUUAUGAUAAUAAUAAUAAUCAUAAUCAUGAAGAUUAUACUCAAGACCGUGAUCCAAUAACACUUCAAGGAGAUUUAGGUGAGGAAGUAGACAUGUUAAGACCACAUGGUGGUAGGCCAAGAAAUAAAAUUGAUCAUAACAUACAUGUUUCAAGGUCUGAUUCUAUCAGUGGUAGAUGCGAAUAUAAUGUAGAAAACAAUUCAGCAAAUCAGUAUAAUGAAAGACAAUGUAACGAAGAAAAUUCAAAAAGAUAUUCUUAUCUUGCUACAGAUCCGAUAACUCAUUCACUGCCAGAAACAAAACUAGUUCGAUCUCAAUCAGUACGACAUUAUAAAGAAGCAUGGGCUACUCAUGAUCCAAUUGGUUAUAUGCACAGAACUGGUACAUCAUAUAAGACGGAUAAAGUUCGAGGAAUGAAACAUUUUUCAAGCAAUAAAACGAAUACUAAUCCAAUUACACAUCAACAGAAAAAUAUAUCUUCUGAUCAAUCAUCAAUUGGAGUGAACGAUGAAACAUCGACAAUCGGAGAUUUCAAUGAAGUGACUAUGGGCAAUGUGUCUGUAGUUUCAGAGAGUAGAAAAUUACGAAAGGUUCUUAGAAAUCCCAUUACUGGUGAAGGAAUGUGUGACAGUGAUUAUAUUGACCUACUUAAAUUACCAAGUGAAUAUUAUUUCCGUAGAAAUCGAGACACUUUGUCAUCGACAUUAAAUAUCCAUUCACAUUCACCACCCGUACAACCAUCGUCAACAACUACACCUUCAACUAAUACUGCUGUUGCUGCUAAAAAAGCACCCGCUCAGAAAGAUGCAAAUCCAACGAGCAAACUAACUGCAAAUAAGCCAGCACAUCAAACACCGCCACCACUAUCACAACCAGCUUCUAUACAACAGCCAUCGAAACUGGAGCCAAAAGUUGAAAAAAGCACCCCACAACCUAUAGAAAAGAAGGUUAUUCGACCAAAAAAAAUCGAGGUGCCAACCGAGAAACCAGUUAAAGAAAGCAAACAGCCAGUCACUAGUGUCACACAGUCACAACCAAUUACUGAGACACAGGCGUCUACAAAAGAAGCAGAACCACAAGCACCGAAAGCGGUUGCAGGACCACAAACACUAGAGACUGAGAAGCAGCAAGCGCAGACGGAAGUAGCUAAGCCAAAUACACCAAAAACCGGGAAACUAGAGAUGCCAAAAGAAACUAUAAAACCACAGACACCAGAAACUAAGGAACCACAAACCCCGAAGGAAGCCACAAACUUACAGACACUAGGUGAAAUACCACAAGCACCGAAAGAAGUGGCUAAGACGCAAACACCAAAAAUCGAGGAGCUAAAAACACCAAUUCCACAGACACCAGAAGAAACCGUGGAACUACAUACACCAGUAGAAACUCCGAUAACUCUCGCUAGUCACACUUUAGCAGAGUUUACUGUAGAAACAAAGUCGACCGGGGAGCCUCUACCACAAUCGUUGAGUGAAGAACUGAAGUCGGUCAUCGAUGAAUUCGAACCCCCACAACCCGCAACAUUCUCAGCAAACGACAAACUACCGGACGAGGUGAGCGAGAACAAACGCAGCCCCGCUGUCCAGUCACCGCCAAUUAGUGAAGCACGGUUAUCUGUAGACAACAAGAUGCCCCAACUACCUGACGCACAAACUUCGAAGGACGACCUUACACCCAAACCAUCUACAGAAUUGCCGGAGACAGGACAAGUAUAA